AUACACAUACAGCGUAUCAAAAUGGAACAGCUUUACAGGGUAGGAUGGUGGUCACGUCAGUCACUCUUUGAAUUCGAGUCUUAUUGUGUGUUCUUUAUGUAAAGUGCAUAAAAUAACGCCUAGAAACUGUCUGCCUGAUCAUGUCUGCCCAAAAUUACUCGAAGGAUUUCCAUGGAAUAUGGUACCUGACAUCUACAAUGAGGAAUGUUGGCCAAAAUUCAUUUGUUCGUUCUGCCGUAAGGAACAAGAUGAACUGUUAUUACAACCGAAGUUACUGCGCUGGUAAUUAUCUCCUGUCUGCUUUCACUCUGUGCAAACAACACGUUGUUCUAAUUGGCAACUCCAUUAUGUUUGAGAGAGAAGAGAGUUGUUUUCGUGCUGGAAGAGAUUGCAAGCACAGUAAUCUAGCUGCGGCUUUACUUCCUGCACACUUAUCAGAGAUGCGACACGGAAUUCCGGGUGCCUGGAUCGAGAAAUGUUCCUGAACCUACAAUGGCCUGCAGUGCAGCCAUAAUUCAGACACGGCCUGUAAGAUUCGAGGUUUUCACGAUGAUGGUGCUCCAGCUGGGUCCAUGGGGGAAAGUGUUGGUCAUGGCAAUUGGAGCGGGGGUUGUGAUGAUCACCCUCAUUAUUGUUGUAUGCUUCGUAGGUCCGGGAUGCUGGGGCUAUGAAUGGAUGCAUCGAGAGGAAGAACGUCGACGGAGACGACAGGCCAAUGGAUAUGCGAAUCACAUCGCGGAAGACACGUUGAAACUAUCCGAUUACGACUAUCCUUGGAAAAGGAAUCAUCUACCCUCCUACGCCAGUCACAACACAGUGAAUUCGGUAAAUUCCACCGGAUCACUGAUUGGCCGCAUGGCCAACCAUCGCGAUUCCACGUACAGCUCCAUGUCCGAAGCUACAGACAACCGCUCCCUACUUUCCAUGAAGAGUGUGACGACAGAGGACAGUUGUAGUAACGACUGCAGCGCCAACAAUGGUCCACCUGUACUAACCAUGAGCCUACAAUAUGUGGCUAACGACGAAAACGGUACUGGAAGGCUCGUAAUCAACAUUAAGGAUGUUAAAAGCUUACCGUCUCGCGAGUACGCUGGAGGUCUGGAGCCGUACCUUGUGGUGCAAGUGGCACGAACUACUUGGCCCUUGCAUCGCCGAGCUGGGCCAGCACUGCAUGAACUUCGCACCAGAACACUUCGCCACUCCUUCAAUCCCUUCUUCGACGAGACGUUUGUGCUGGAUGUGAAGCGAUCAGAAUUAAAGGAAUGGUGCCUCAAGGUGACCGCAUACGACCAGGACAAGUACUCCAACGCUACGGAGCUGUGCGACGUCAGUCUGGCACUUCGUGACGUGAAGAACCUCACUACUGCCAGAGAGGCCCUUACCAUCAGUUGUAACUUGGUGAAAACGAAUAGGGAGGUGGGUGACCUGCUUUUUGGCGUCAGCUACCUCCCUACUGCUCAGAGGCUCUCCGUCAGCGUCAUUAAAGCCAGCAACCUGAAGUACCUCGAGAUAGCCGACUCCAUAGCAGAUUUCAAUCCUUACGUGCGUGUCAUCCAGCUGAGCGGGUCAUCAGGUCGAUCCAUUAAGCGGAAGAAAACAGCCUUCAAGCACGGCACUGAAUCUCCAGAGUUCAACGAGACCCUAACAUUCGAUCUCAGCCCGAGCCACCUGGAGACAACGACCUUCCUCGUGCUCCUGUGCAGUCGAACCUUGUGUGAGGCCAGUGAUGGACAAACGGGCAAAAAAUGCAAGGACAAGUGUUUGGGCAAAGUGGCUAUCGGCAGUCACGUUGUGGGUAAACAGCAACGACAGCAUUGGCUGUCAGUGAUACAGAGCCCAAGGCGAGUUGUGUCAGCCUGGUACACCCUCAGAUGAUCCUGUGAACGUCAGUGAAGAUGGCUGAUGGAUCUACAUUCUCGAAUGGGCUAUUUCAUGUUAAUUUCGACUGUUGUGAUUAAUCAAAUGACCUUUCAACACUUGUCACACCGUGAUCGCUAUAGUACAUCGUUUGAGUACAGCCUCAAACAUAUGUAAACCUCGUACAUGUCAACUUAUAUACAAUCCUGUCUUACCAAUUCUUGACUCUAAAGGUAACAAACUGCAGCACUAUAAAACAUAAUCUGUAACUUAACAAUAAAGUACAAGACGAAUGCAAGUCCCAUGUAAUUCUGAUUAAAAUUUCGGAAUGGAUGAGGUUCUGGACUAUUACAUACGGUUAUAUGUCACUGAUAUAAAUAAACAGAGAGGAAGCAAAAGACGGACGGAAAUUAUGCUUCCUCAAGAGGCGAUCAUUUCAGCAUAUGAGCGACGUCUAAAAAUAGUUUGUCAUAUUCAUAUGACACGGCGAUAUAUUUAAAACAGACUAUUUUGCGAACAGGAGAAUAAGAAAUUUCUUCUUCUCCUUGAAGGAUGUAAGAGCGAAAAAACACCGCAUCUGUGUUACAAAGAUCUUUCGGUUAACGGAGUUCAAGAAAACAUUCGCUGUACUCUCUGAGAAAUAAACAAAACCCAUAUAAAUACAUCAUCUGAUUGAAAUUCCUAGUCAUCAAACAACACAGCAGAUACACAGCCACCAAGGAGAGAGUCGGUCCGAUUAAUCGACUGUUUUCUAUGUGGACAAUUAUUUUAUAUGACAGACUGAUGACUUAAAAAUGUCGCUUUACACCAGGCUGUGUGUUACUCCACAGUACAAAAUCUACAAUGUGCUCUGUAGCUUACGCCCAGUUCGUAGUAUCACUGGAGCUACCGGCUUAUCGUUAACUACAGGAAUAUUUGUCAGUGCCGCAUGCACAACAUAACCUUACUAGCUUUUAUUGGCACCAUAUUUAAAAUUGCACAUUUAUUGUUAAUUUCAUAAUAAGUUAAUUACGAUUUUCCUCCGAAAUGUAUGUUAAUAAAGGCCGAUUACUUUGUCAA